AAAAGACCAAUCACAGCAUAUGCUGCUUAUGUUUCUGAUUAUUACAAACAAUACAAACCAGCAGGUUCUGCUGUUGAUUUUGCACAAGAAAUGGCUGCAAAAUGGCGCACUUUGAGUGAUGCUGCUAAACAACCAUUUUAUGAAAUUAACAAACAAGAUUCUGAAAGAUACCAUGCUGAAGUGGAUGCCUAUGAGAAGACUUUACCCCCAAAAAGACCUUCAAAUUCAUUUAUCUUAUAUUUGCUUGAUCACAGGGCUGAUUUCGUAAAGGAGAACCCAGGAGCUUCUAUGGUUGAAGUGGGCAAAAUUGCUGGUGCAGCAUGGAAGAAAUUAUCUGACGCUGAAAAGAAACCAUACCAAGAUGCCUUUGCAAAAGCUAAAGCUGAGUAUGAAGCAAAGCACAAGUCAUCAGAUUGA